AUGGGUUGUCAGCGGCGCGGCCUCGCGGCCCGACCAGUGCUGCCCUGGACGCUGACCCUGCUGUUGGUGCUGGGGCUGCCCCACAGGGACACAGAUCCCGGCUUCCAGGAGCACUACUUUGAACAGCUGCUGGACCACUUCAACUUUGAGAGGUUCGGCAACAAGACCUUCCGCCAGAGGUUCCUGCUCUUAGAGAAGUUCUGGAAGAAGGAUGAGGGCCCCAUAUUCUUCUACACGGGGAAUGAAGGAGACGUGUGGUCGUUUGCCAAUAACUCGGGCUUCAUCUUGGAGCUGGCGGCCCAGGAGGCGGCCCUGGUGGUCUUUGCAGAGCACCGGUACUACGGGAAGUCGUUGCCAUUCGGCCCAGAGUCUACACAUCGCGGGCACACAGAGCUGCUGACCGUGGAGCAGGCACUGGCAGACUUUGCUCGGCUGCUGCAGGCCCUGCGGAUGCACCUGGGGGCCCAGGACACGCCUACAAUCGCUUUUGGUGGCAGUUAUGGGGGCAUACUAAGCACCUACAUGCGGAUGAAGUACCCCCACCUUGUGGCAGGCGCCCUGGCGGCCAGUGCGCCCCUCCUCGCAGUGGCUGGUCUUGGGGACUCCUAUCAGUUCUUCCGGGAUGUCACCACUGACUUUGAGGACCAGAGCCCCAACUGUGUCAAGGUUGUGCGGGAAGCCUUCCAGAAGAUCAAGGACUUAUUCUCACAGAAAGAUUAUAACACUGUGGGCCAGAAGUUCGGUGUCUGCCAGUCGCUGUCCGACAAGGACCUGCCCCAGCUGUUUGCGUUUGCAAGGAAUGCCUUCACAGUGCUGGCCAUGAUGGACUACCCUUACCCGACUGACUUCCUGGGCCCCCUUCCGGCCAACCCCGUCAAAGCCGGCUGUGAUCGGCUGCGGGAGGAGAGCAACAGCAUUGCGGGGCUCCGCGCACUGGUGGGGCUGCUGUACAAUGCCUCGGGGUCCGAGCCCUGCUACGACAUCUACCAGCAGUACCGCAGCUGCGCAGACCCCACGGGCUGCGGCUCGGGCAGCGACUCACAGGCGUGGGAUUACCAGGCCUGCACGCAGAUCAGCCUCACCUUUGCAAGCAACAAUGUGACGGACAUGUUUCCUGAGCUCGAGUUCUCGGAGGAGCAGCGCCAGCAGUACUGCAUGGAAACGUGGGGCGUGUGGCCUCGAUCUGACUGGCUGCGGACCAACUUUGGGGGCGCAGACCUCAAAGCCUACAGUAACAUCAUCUUCUCCAACGGUGACCUGGACCCAUGGGCAGGAGGCGGGAUACACAACAAUCUGAGCGCCUCAGUCGUUGCUAUUACCAUCGAGGGUGGAGCCCACCACCUGGAUCUCAGGGGGUCCAACCCAGCAGACCCUGUGUCAGUCAUGGAGGCCCGGAAACUAGAAGCCACCCUCAUUCACGAGUGGGUGAAGGUGGCCAAGUGGGAGCUGAGCUCUUCCUGGCCUCAGUAG